AACCCUAAUUCGGACUGGCCAGCCCCAACCCAAUCCAACCCUAAAUUCACAGAGAGAGCGAUAUACCGCUUUCAAUUUCCACCCAAAUUAUUCGAACCGCGAUCGCCUCUACAGCAUCGCAUUAAUGGCGAUUUCACAAUUCUAUUUCUAGAGGAAUUUCCGAUUGACGCUUCUCCAAGCAACCGCGUAUGCGAUGAUGCAGGCAAGAUUCUGACUCUGAGACUCGAAAUUUGGAGGUGUUAUAGAGCUAACUAGGUAGCUCGGACGGACGUAUUUGAAAAUGCAGAGGGAGCUCUCCGUCAAGUUGCUCUCUAGAAUCGCAAAAAAUGCGCCGACGACCGCCGCCUCCGCCGGCGGCGGCGGUGCCAAUUCGAUCGUCCGAGCACAAUUUCCCUUGUUUUCACCCGCAUUCUCGAAACUCGGUGCGAAUCCGUGCUCGCAUUUCUCUGCACAUUCGUGGAAGUUGUACGUCUAUGGCGGACCUUGGGUGACGACUCGAGGUUUUAUGAGAUCUGUUUCUGCUGGGAGGUUGAUGUCAAACGCUGUUUUGAAACGUACGGCUUCGAAUCACGCUAGCAGAAAUUUCCAUUCGUUUGAUUCCCGGCGCCGUGGCUGGAAUUCGAUGUUUGGAAGACUGACAGCUGACGGAGUCGUGAUAGGCUUGAUAGUAGCAAAUGCUGCUGUUUACAUUUUAUGGAAUAUUGCGAGCCCUUCAUUUAUGGUGAAGAAUUUCAUGAUUUCUGUGGACAAUUUUACAAGCGGUCGGGUGCAUACAUUGAUAACCGCGGCAUUCAGUCAUAAAGACAUGUGGCAUCUUAUUUCAAACAUGGUCGGGCUCUACUUCUUCGGGCUAAGUAUAGGAAGAUCUUUUGGGCCGGAGUAUUUGCUGAAAUUGUAUCUGUCCGGUGCUGUGGUCGGCUCGAUCUUUUACUUGGGAUAUCAUGCCUUCAUAGCUUCGCGAAUCCAGAGAACGCCAAUGUUUGGUAUCGACCCUGCAAAAGUCCCGGGAUUGGGUGCAAGCGGAGCCACAAAUGCUAUAAUGCUCCUCGAUAUAUUCCUCUUUCCAACAAAGACCCUCUAUUUAGACUUUAUUAUACCCGUUCCAGCUAUUUUACUCGGAAUCUUUAUUAUUGGCAAAGAUAUGAUGAGGAUAUUGCAGGGAGACCAUCAGGUUUCUGGAUCGGCGCAUUUGGGCGGGGCUACGGUUGCUGCAUUAGCUUGGGCACAACUCAAGAGAGGACGUUUUCGUCGAUUCUGAAGACUAUGAGAUGUUGGGUAUCGCCAUUGAAGUGUGGAUCGGUUUCGAGAGACUUGAGGGAAGAAGAAGAAGAAGAAGAAUGCCCUUAUGGAUUCAGGUCAUAGGUAAUUUGAUAAGAAAAUUCUUCCUAAAUCCAGUCUUACACUUGACCUGAUUAAUUUAAUAUUAUAUAUUUUUAUAAUUAUUUAAAUUUAUAAUUUUAUACUUUUAUGGUAUUUUAUUUUUCAAUUUUUAAUUGAGAUGCAUAUUUUAACUUACAAUUCAGUUAGUGCUAAGUCACUACAUGAUAUUAUAUUUUGUGAUUGAAACUUUGGAAUUUUA